AUGGACUGGUCAAGCGCCGCUGACCUUAACGCUGUUGUCAAUGCCACCAUUGAUAAUGCCUUCGAGUCCUCGAUAGAUGACGUUGUGCAAGAUCCCGCUCUUGCUCUCCGCGUUGCUGCAGCUCCCGUUGAAGUUGAAGCUCGCGAGGUUGUGGAUCCUCCUGAGGACUUCGAAACCCGUGAUAAGUGGUUGCUGGCCAUUUCGGAUACAUAA